CUUUUCUUAUUUAGAAUGACAAACGCCUCCGGGGCAGCAAGUGAGCGCGCGCGUGCGCCCGCUCUCGUGGCGCCGCGUGCCCCAGGGGCGACUCGCGCUUCCGACUUCCGUGCCGGCCACUCGCCGCGGUCUUCUUUGAGGCGGCGCGUUCGGUGGCCUCGCGUCUGUGGCAGCGGCGUCGGCAGCCGGCGUUGGUCGCGUUCACCACCGCGGUGCAGAAUCAUGGCUGGACCUCGCCCCGUGGUACUGAGCGGACCCUCGGGCUGUGGGAAAAGCACCCUCAUCAAGAAGCUCAUGUCCGAGUUUGAGGGCGUGUUUGGCCUCAGUGUGUCACACACUACAAGGAAUCCAAGGCCUGGAGAAGUAACUGGGAAAGAUUACCACUUUGUGACCCGUGAAGAGAUGCUACGUCUCAUUGCCGCGAGGGAGUUCAUCGAGCACGCUGAGUACUCGGGAAACCUCUACGGCACCAGUAAGUCUGCAGUGAGGGCAGUGCUGGACAAGAACCAGAUUUGCAUCCUGGACAUAGACAUGCAAGGAGUGCACAGCAUGAAGAAGACUGACCUCAAUCCCCUCUACAUCUCCAUCCAGCCACCAUCCAUCACCAUCCUGGAGGAGCGACUGCGUCUCCGGAAGACUGAGAAUGACGACAGUCUCAAGAGGAGGUUGAAGGCGGCCAAGAAAGAGAUCGAAUUCAGUAAGGAGCCAGGAGCCUUUGAUGCAAUAGUAGUGAAUGAUGAACUACAAGAGGCUUAUGCACAACUUAAGGAACUUGUCAAAAAGGAGAUCGCAAAGGUGCAGAAUGCCCAUGGCUAGAGGCGCAUGGCGUGAAGAGGAUGAGUGUACGUGCUGGGUUGGCGUGAAGCCUUAGGGAAAGUAACGUACUUACGUUACUGCAUUGGCUUCAUGGCUGCCAUCGUGUGCCCCCUCUCGCUUGUUUCAAUCAUAUCAUGUAGUCUUCAAUGUUUUAUUGAGAGCCUUUCUAAUCUGUAUACAGGAGAAGCUGAAUAUAUUAGCCCAUUAUUUAGGAGCAAAGCCAGCUGUGCUCAUAUUCGAAGUCGUGCUUGUAUCAGAAGUCACCCUUUGCCUCCCAUCACCAGUUUAAUGUAAGCAUGUGUUCCUUUUAAGGUGUGAUUUAUAUCCAGCUUCUACGGUAUUUCAAUAAGGGCGCAUUUCUCUCCAUGUAAUAAUCUCCCUUGCAUUCCUGCACUUGGUAUAGCUGUUUAGUUGUUUUGCACACCACAUUAAAAGUAAAAGGUUUACAUUUUGAAGUAUAAAAAAAUAAGCUGUUAUAAUUUAGAUGACAGCUGGGUUAUUUCAGUUUACUUGAAUAAUCUUAUGGGUAGGUCCUAUAGUUAAACCUGCUGCUGUCACAAUUUAUUUUCCUGCAUUGGUGAAAUUGGACCUCAUCGUUUGUUUGUAAAAUUCAUAUCAAAAGCGAUUUCAAAUCACAUUUUCCCACGGCUAACAGUUAUGAUAGGUGUAGCGUACUUGUCACAUAUUCCCACUGCUUGCACAUCGCUAUAUGUUUUACAGCCAGCCGAAGCAGUUUGAUAAAACAUUUUAGUCGAUACAGUGACAAACAUCCAGCAGUUGAACCAGUGGGGUUGUGGAUGUCGUGUGCUUAUUUUCUUUGUGUUAGUUUCGUAAUUUUUCACAAUUUUAUGCCAAUUCUCUCUGCAUCGCAUCACGAUACAAAGUGUCCACUAUCCAAAUCGCAUCACGAAGUGAAGUGUCCUCAGCAUUGUCGUGCUCUGAUUGAAAGUGCAGUGUAUCAUGAACUGCGCUGAUCCACGGAAUAUAAUGUUACCUCUACUUAUCGAAGUUAGAUAUAUACAGUACACAUACAUAUUACAGGUACCCCUCUAUUUACGAAAGGGAUGCGCUCAAAAAACACGCGCAAAACGAAAUUCUGUAAAUCGGAAUGGCUUUUCACAUUAAUUUAAUACUAAAAAUUUGGGAUGUGUUUCUGACAGUCAUUCCAACUCACUCAUAACCUCAAAAUGUACACAUAUCACGUCACAAUACAACAAUGAUAAAUGAUAAAGAACAUACAUAAUAAAAAAUAUUAAUACAUUUUAAGCAAAAAUAAUUAACCUUUUCAGGGAACUCUCUAAAAGAAUGAAUGACUAGAAAGGUGACGUGGCGGCAUUACUGUUGCACUGUAGGUUUAACGUGACACUGCCGUGGAUGGAUGACGCAGCUCCCGGGUGGUUUUUCUUUGAUGUCAUGUCGCGUGCCGUAUGAAUGUAUUCAUUUCAUGGAAAUUCGAUUUCGUGAAUCAAAGUGUCCAUAAUUUGUGAAUUGCGCUUACACAAUUUCGUAAACCCAACGUUUGUAAAUCGAGGGAUACCUGUAGCACAAGGGAUGUAUUGUCAGAAUGGGAACAUUGGAAUAGAAAUGCUAAAUAACGUAGAAUCCUUCAGUUUUUCUCUUCGAGUUGGACUCUCCGCGUGUUACAUAAUCACGUGUGCACGUGUAAGUGUUAUACGUUAAAGGCUGGAUCGUAAUGUAUCGUAGCCUUACAUUCCUUGGCUUGAUUGAUCUGUGUUUUGCUUAUUUGCUCCCCGUGCAUCCAUGUUGAUUGCAUUGUCAAGGGAACAGCGGGACAGCAGUAAGUCCUCAACUGCCAUUGCAAUUGUGAUGCAGAUGAGGCUGAAUGAUUUACAUGUUGAUUUUUCACUUUUUUAUGGUUAUUUUUAAAGUACAAAUUGCAUGGCAUAUUUUUUUGUAUUAACCUUUGUGGGUAAUACAAUAUCAUUUUUCUGGUUUGUUUUUAAGCUGGUACUAAUGUUUCUGGAUUUAUUUUGUAAUAGAGAUGCCCGUUAAUGUGCCUUUGUCUCACUGGUUGCUUAUGCACAUUAACUUUGUUUUUCAGUCUGUACAACAUAUCUAUCAACAAUGGGAAAGGCAUUUUAAGUAACAUAAAAAUCCCUUGUUUUUCUAA